UUUUACCCGUCCACGGCAAUUCUUUUGUCUUAGUGUUCUUCGCGACUCCGGACGUCGUCUUGCAGUUGAGUACUGGUGCGUGCUUGUGUGUGAACCAUGGCCAGCAGCACCAAGCUUCACGACGCAGUACGCCACGACAGGUGCCGGCUCAUCUCUCGUCUUGUCGCCGAAGGCACCCCCGUGGACGCGGUGGACGCCAGCGGAAACUCGGCUCUGUUUGUGGCCAUCACGGACGGACCCGUCAGCGCCGUCCCUUAUUUGCUUCAGGCCGGCGCCGACCCGAACUUCCGAUGCAGUGAGGGCGCGACUCCCGUGCACGCGGCGUGUCGCCGUGGCAGCCGGGCCCUUCUCCAGCAGCUCUUGGAGUGCGGCGGGGACCUGCGGCUGCGCGACGCCUCGGGCCGCACACCGCAAGACUGGGCGCUGGGGCACGCCGACCCACAGUGCCGACGCAAGCUGGUCGCCUUCAUCAACAGCAAGUAA